AUCUGUCAGAGAGCAGUAAACCAGCCAAGACUCUCUCCACUAGGCUAAUUAGAAAGCCAGGAGAACACACAUCUCGAGGGAAAAAAGAAAUCUCGAAAACGCACACUUUUCUGCUUGGUAUUACUCAAGGCAUAGUGACAAUGGAGGAGACAUACCUUCUCAACCAUCCGGGAGUCAAGAAGAAAAUCCUGGCUGGAGGCACUGGACCACUGCCGCAUUUUCCACCUGGGACAAAGCUGGUUUUCCAUUUCCAGACGCUGCUGGAUGACUUUGAGCGGACUGUCAUCGAUGACAGUCGGCUGGCAGGCAGACCGGCUGAGAUCUUUGUCGGAAAGAUGUUCAAGAUGGAAGUUUGGGAGACCCUGCUGACGUCCAUGAGGAUCGGAGAGGUGGCUGAGUUCUGGUGCGAUGCCGUUCACACAGGCUUGUACCCCAUUGUGUCCAAGGGAAUGAGGCUGAUUGCUCAGGGGAAAGACCCCCUGGAGGGUCAGAGACACAUGUGCGGCAUGGGAAACCUGUUUCACUAUCACUCCACCGGUUUCCCCGAGCUAGAUGAGCUCAUGCGAACUCCUCAGUCUCUCAUAUUUAUCAUGGAGCUGCUGCAGGUAGGAGACCCUUUAUCCUACCACAGGGAGUCGUGGAUGAUGGAAAAGGACGAGAAGCUGCAGACGGUGCCCAGCCUCCACAUGGAGGGCAACACUCUGGUCAAGCAGAGACAAUUCAGAGAAGCCGCCAGCAAGUACAAAGAAGCUGUCCUGCUGCUGAAAACGGUCCAGUCCAGAGAGAUGCCGGGUGAUGUAGACUACAUUAACUUGGGCCGAAUGAUUGUCCCCCUGGAGCUGAACUACUGCCAGUGUAUGCUGGAGCUGGAGGAGUACUAUGAAGUGAUAGAGAAAACCACUGAGCUGCUGGAGAAACACAAAGACUGUGUGAAGGGCUACUACAAGAGAGCCAAGGCCCACACUGCCGUGUGGAAUGAAAAGGAGGCCCGGAAAGACUUCAACAUGGUGGCCCACCUGGACGUCACUCUGUCCUCGCUCGUCUGCCGAGAGCUGAAGGCUCUGUCGGAGCGCAUGAAGGAAAAGUACUGGGAGGAGAAGGAGAAAUACUGGAACAUGCUGGAGAAUAAAAACGAAGAGGAGAAGAGGGAGGGAGAUAAUGAGGAAGAGAAGGAAGAGAUAGAAAAUGGAGAAGAAGACUACCUUGAAGGUGUGAGCACAAAGACUAAGGAUGACCAAAACAGUUCAGAGGAGUCUCCAGUCAGAUGUGCUGAAGUUCAGAAAGAGGAACAUGGUGAGAACAAGGUCACGCCAACUGAAGGAAAAUGUGUCAAAGAAGAAGCAGGCACUUCAAUCAAUCUGAACACCUCUAAUAACAAAACAGAGGAGAAGGACUGGCAGCAGAUGUUACGGCUGGUCAUGUUGCUGCAGGACGAAGGAAGCUUCCUCAUUAACGAAAAACACUUUGAAGAAGCCUCUGUAAAGUUCAAGGAAGCGAUAGAAUAUGUGGACCUACUUCAGUAUAAGCAGGGGGAUAAGCGCGGCGACGACUGGGAGUCGCUGGAGAAAGUGCGUCUUCCGCUGACUCUCAACCUCAGCCAGUGCAUGCUGGAGCUGAAACAAUACCAGCAAGUGGUGGAGAUCAACGACAAGCUGCUGAAGAAGCACAAAGGUAACUUCAAGGCGGUGUACCAGAGGGCACGAGCCCAUGCUGCAUUAUGCAACGAGGCUGAAGCUCAAAGGGACUUUGAUAUGGUGGAGAAACUGGACCCAAAGUUCAAACCCUUUGUUCGGCAGGAACUGAAAAAGCUGGGGGAGAGGAUCCGCACUUUGCAUGCCAGCCAGAACAAGACUUAUUGGGAUACAAUGCAGGAGAAGUGGGGGCCCGGUGGAAGCAAGGCAAGAAAGACGAAAUUUGCACAGAAAACCACAGUUGAAGCAAAAAAGAAGACUGAAGAGAGCAAGAUUCAAGAGAAGGAAAGCUCAGAGAAACGCCCCUCUGCAGACACAGAGGGAGUGGAUGAAGCACCGAAUAGCCCAGAUGUGAAAGCAGAGCAGAGUAAUAAAGAGGCAGAGUGUGGGAGCAUGACUGGACAGAGCUUUGACGGUGAAAAUAUAGAGAGGGUUAUGGUUCAUGAAGCCGGUGUAGAUGCACCGGAUAAUCGAGCAACAGAUAAAGAUAGCGAUCCUGCGCCCGUCAGUUCAGGCAAAGAUAAUGUAGCGAGCAAGAGAUCAGGGUGUGAUAAGGGCAAAAAGAAGGUCAAAUGCCAAUCAGGUGCUGCACCGAAACCAAGCAGAACAAGCUCAGGGAGCAAAGACAUCAGAGGCAAGACAGGAAAUGGUCCAUCAGAGUAGACCACCAGGUUGAAAUUAUUUAAUAGAAGUCAGAGAGGAAGAAAAGAAAUAUAGACAGAGGGAAAAAGUGAUCAACAGUCCAACUUCAAAAGAGAAAAUAUUGAUUCUGCCAACAUUCAAGUCCAAAUAUAAACACAAAAAAAGGAAAAAUUAAUAUUAGCAGCCUGUAUUUGGCACCAUUCUGAGUUAAGUUUCAUUGUUCAAUUCUCAGAGGGAUAACUGCAGUCACAUGAAAAGCACAGGCAGACAAGGAGAUUGCCAAAUACAAAGUUUUUAUUUCUGUACACAAAGAGUAGAAAGCAGCCAGUAACCCACUUGUUAUUACAGUAAAAAGCCUUUCUUCUGAAAACUUUUUUUACAGAUUAAAAACUCCAGAGUAAAGACAGAAAGAAGUGUUUGAGGUCUGGACGAUAACAGAAAACAAAACCGCUAAACCACACAAAUUUGAAUGAUUAAUGAGGUAUUAAUGGUGAUUAAAAAAAGAGAGAAACCUUAGUUGACCAGUAAGGUAUGAGUGUGUAUAUAUAUAUAUUUAUAUAUGUGUUAGUGCUAUCAACACCUUGCUUGAGGUGAAGUGAUUUAUUGUUAUGUGUUGUGUGACAUACAUGUGUCUUUGUUACAUGUUCAGAUGCAUAAUGGCAAACACACACAGGGGGGAUUCUGCUGAAAGGGCAGGAGAAUAACGAUGGGGGUUGUUAGCGUUGUCGGCCACACAUAUGCGGUAACGGAUGUCCGGACGGUGAUAGCAGUGUUCUCUGAGGUGACCCUUUGCCUCUGUGGAGAGCCUUUUUUCUUCAAUCACACAGCUUCAGUCAUGCCACGGUGAGCAGGGUGUGUGUAAGAGUGUGCAGAGGGUAAUAUAGGGAGCCACCAGCAGCAUAGAAAGACGUACAUGGAUCAGACCUCAGAUGAUCGCACAGAGAUGAGACUGGCUGCGUGACUCCCCUGCAGCGGGACCAGCGUCCAUUUAGGUGGCCGUGUCAAACAGCAGCAGAGAGGACAAACUGAAUAGUAAUGCAAGUCUGUCACACAACCACCUAGUGCAUUUAUAUCAUUCUGCCACCUCUAUAUGCUCUUAAAAUAAACAUGACAAAUGUUGACAUGCAGCCCUGUGGGGAACGCCUCCUCCUCUUUUUCACAACCUGUGAAAUUACAUCAUUUUGCAUACCCACAUACAAAAGAUACUGAGGGUGAUGGGUAAUCAUCAAUGUGUAAUGAGAUGUGUAAAUACCAAUAGAUAAAUGUCUAUGAAUAAACAUUGCUUGUCUUUUUUU